UAAGCCCGAUGACGCUUAAAGGAAGUGACGUCGACCGUCUAGCGGCGCGACCGCGGAUGUUCGACCCGCUACUUCCGAGUCCCUCACGCAUUCGACGAUGCUCCAGUUUUAUCCGUUCAGAUAUGUCAACCGUACAGACGUGGACGCUAUGGCAGCGGAUGCCGCCACGCUACCAACUCACGGCAAAGACGAUUCCCGACGACGUCGACGAACUCAUCGCCGUCGGAAACUCCUCUGAUCGCUCGUUUACACCAAGAAAAUUCCCUUCACCCCGUCCAACGUCGUCAACCGGCCGUCAAUCGGCGCAGAACAGCUCUCGUCCACGUUCAAGGACUGAGCGACGUACGUCGAGCAAAGAAACGACCACAGGGAAGACGUAUGACGUCAUUUUGACGUUACAUGACACAGAUCCAAUAUAUUCCCAACGUGAGCACGUUUCAAACAGAGAAAACUUUAUGUUGUCCAGCAACGUUUCAGAAACCGAGAAAAAUAAUAUGAAUGACUUAGUAUCAAAUACUAAAUCGGCAUUUUCCUUUCCUAAACGUAAUUCGGACUACGUAUCGACGUUCCAGAAGCAGUGUCGCGUUAAUUCUGCGCGUAGACGAUUAGCGGAAGUACCGCCUACUCCUAUAGUGCCAGUAUCAAGAUCAAGUCAAAACGGCGAGGAAAAUAACGGUCGGGCACAAACUGCACCCGUUUUCCCGGUCACGAGUGCCGAGAUUUUGAAAAAUCGUAGGCAUACUUCAAAUGACAGCGCACGUUUACUUCAAGAGCCCAAAGUCUCAAGGCAGUUUUUGAACGCAAGACCAAAGACAUUUAUCGAACCCAACAAAAUUGAUAUGUUUCAUUUCGAUGAUACAAAGUCUGUGUCGAGUUCAUCUAGUAGCCCAUUUACACGCGAAUUUGACAAUAAACAAAAGAAAUAUCAUGUCCAGGAUACAAACAGAGCAACUGUUUAUAUCGACAAUGGGAAAGUUAUGUAUUUCGGAAAAUCUCGACAUGACUUGACGCAGCUGCUAAAAACGCAGACUUUGCGUGCAAACAAGGCAAGUUGCUUUCUAGCGGAAAUUAGACGUGACUACCUGAAACAUCCAAAAUAUGAUCGCCGUCGAACUACAAAUUUACAAAAACUGUUUGAAAAUGACCCGCGUCGUAUAGCGAGCGAACGGAUUGAUUAUAACAGGCGAGUUGAACAUAUUCUAAGCUAUUACGACGAUCCAAAUAUCCCCCAGCCGCCGUCCCGACCUACCUCUCCAGAGAGAAUAAAAUCUCCGAAAGGGGCUCGUUUUAAGGGACUCUCUUUGACCCCUAACGUGUCUCCUUCUAGGCCACCGUCACGCGCCGGUUCCCCUGUUCCGGAACUUUAUGACGUCUCAUCUGGCGAUUUUAUCCUCCUUAAUAAGCAGUCGAGGUUGCAUGAUCGCCAGUUCUAUCUGAAAACUCCCGGCAUGCACCACGGUCAGACGAUGGCGGAAAUUGAGAAAUGUCGUUGUACAAUGUGCAGAAUGGAGCUCCAAUUAGCGUUGGUUUCCGGUGCACAAGCGGACGCAUCGCUUAACGAAAACCUUGGAACGGACGCUGAUUGUCUGCAUGCAAAUGAUAAUACAGAAAAUAACCACGAGCCUUGCAGAAAUAUUUCCAAAGAGAAUUCAAAGCAUAGUUUUGCAUCUUCGACGAAAUUAUCAAGAUCAAGUUCACAAAGAGUUUCAUUUAAACAACCGGAAGCAGUAAACACAGUUACUAAUCACGACAAUAAGAUGACGAUCAAAUGUAAAUUACCGGAAAUGGCGGUCAGUGAGUCGGGAUUUGAAAGUUCAAGGACAAACGACGGGCUUUCCACGUGUCUCGAUGAAAACGACGAUACCACGUGAUUUUUAACAACAUCACGUGAUUUGUAACUGUACAACGUGAUUUGUAACAACACCGUAUGAUUCGUACCAAUACGACACGACGUGUAACAAUAUCAUUUGAAUUUUAACAGAAUCACGUGAUUCGAAACAAUACCAUUGAAUUUCAACCUAUACCGCGUGAUUCGUAACAAUACUACUUGUUUCGUAACAAUACCACGUGAUUUGUUACAUACCACGUGAUUCGUAACAAAACCACAAUAUUCGUAGCAAUACCACUUGCUUCGUAAUAAUACCACGUGUUUCGUUACAAUAGCACAUAAUUUGUAUUAACAUUAUCACUUGAUUCGUAAAAAGGCAGUAUUCCUAGUUAUGGCUUAAAAAGGGAGACAAACAUGAUGUUCUUCGGCAGAGAAACGCUAGAAGUUACACACCUUUGGAUAUAAUCUAUUCGAAACACUGACCUUUGUCCAGAAAUGUUUAGUUGAUUUAAAUGUUAAAGGGACUCGCUCAUAUUUUGGCACCAUUUUUUCCUGGUAAUGCAGUGAAAUACUAAUAUUACAACUGUUUUACUCUUUGAUACCAAAAUUGUAGAAAAAUGAAUGUAUGGGGAAAUAUACUGGUUUUAGUGUAGGGGGGGGGGGGAACCCACGCCGGUACAGUCAAGGAAAAAAUAAAAAAUAACUGACAACAAAACCUCACGCCCACAAGGGCACAUGCACAAACAUGAUUAUAACUUAACCUUUAUGCCUUUUGUUGAAUCGCGUACCAGAACAGAACAGAACAGAACAUAUUUUUAUUCACGUUCACUACAUAGUUUCUUGUGACAUAUAAGUACAUUUAAACAAAUCAAACUAUAAGACAUAAGGUUAUAACGCAUAGAAUGGAUCUUAUAAGGAACUAACACUUUUCAAAAUCGUGAACUUCAAAGAUAAUAUUUGAGAAUGUAUCAACAUUUGAUGAAUGGUUCCAGCAGACAGUAUCUAAGUUUUAAUACUCCUAAUGAUUUGCCAUACUUUAUUUCGUAAUAAAAAGUGCAUUUUUAAAACCAUGGGCGAGUCCAUAUAACAGAUGAAAGAAUGGUACGGGUAAGCUGAAUCUCAACAGUGUAUAACCUUGCUGUAUGAGGAUAUGGGUAGUGACGUCCUUGACCUUUGGUCGAGAAUUUAAAGGUGCACUCUCACAGAUUGAUUAUUGGCUGGAAACCAGUGAUAUAAGAUUGCUGGCUGCUUUAAUACAUGUAUUUACGUUUGAAAAUUGAUGUUUUAUGGCUGAGAGGGUUACUAACGCUUUAAGAACAAUGACUUGUUUUGGCAGUUGAGAUCGGUUCUAUAUGGAGUUAUCGUAUAUGACUGAAUGACAGGCACUGAUGCGGAAAUGAGUUGAUUCUGAGACAAAAAUAUGGUCAAAACUGUCAAUUUGUGAGAGUGCAGCUUUCACCGCGUUAUUUUCUUUAAUUCAUAUUUAAAACAUACACAAAUGUUUGAGGGGUUUUUUUUUGGUGUUUUUUAUUUGCAAAUUAGAAACACUACAGCUUUAGUAUUGACGUUAUUUUCAGGCUGCGUAAUUUCAAUCAUAUAAAUUCCUGUUCGGAGCAUUUUACUUGUACCUCAAUAGUACAAUGCGUCUUGUAUCCAGCGGAUAAAUGUUUUGCCCACAUUUUCGUCUUUGUUCUGA